ACAUAAACAUAAGCCCUACCGCAAUCCCCCACUCUCGCAAAUGGCAGAACAAAACCCCCUUCUCUCUCUCGCGCCCAAAUUCUCUUCUCUCUCUCUCUCCCACUCUACGAUGGGGGAAGACCGUGAGGCGCUACAGGCAUCUGAACAGUUUUUGUCUGAAUCGAUCAAAGAGAUAUCCGUCCUCCUUUUGUGCCGGGCAAUGGCCCGUAUAGGGAUGAAAAAUUACGAGGGUGCCAUUGGAGACUGUUUGCAAGCCAUAAAGCUCGAUGACUCGAGAUGGCAGCCGCAUUACUGUAUGGGGCUUGCAUACUUCCAUUUGAAGAAGUACAAGGAUGCCAAGUCUGCCCUCUUCAAAAGGGCGGACUUGGCUGCCGGCUACAGGUCCUGGUUUGAUGACCUGAUUUUAAAUUGCAAUGAUGCGGAUGCUGAACUGCCAGUUGAUGCUGCAGCAAAGGAAGUGGUCCCCUUGGUAAACGAGCUUCUGAAGAUGCUGGCGUACACAAUCAUCCCGGGAAUAAAUAGCAACCUUGUUUGACCGCUGGAGAUAAGGACGCACACACACACUUUACUGGCAUGACUUUUUGAGGGAUGAAUCAAUGGGUGGACUUCUCCUACUGGUGGGAGAUAGCAGGGAAGUUGAAGGAAUGCACUUGGUAAUCUUUCCUGGCGAAGUUGAAGACCCAGCGUAGAGUGUCGUUCCACUUUUAUGUAGCGGCACAUGAUUUAAAUUUCUUGUCUUAAUACUUAUAAUGUGGAA